ACUGCGGCCGCUAGAGGUGGAUGCAAAAACAAGAGUUGAGUGUGGGAUGGACUCAGAGGGCAACUAUCCCCAAAACGCUCUCAGGAGGUGAACAAAAAAAAAGAAGGAAAAUGCGAGCCGGGGCAUGAGUGGAGUGCAACUCUUGUCUGCUCAUUUUCUGACACGGUUGAACACAUUUCAUCCACUGGAAACUCCGGGGUUAUCCCUCGACUUAAUGGGCGUACCUCCGUUUUUUUUUUCGCAUCACAGAGGAGUAAGGUGAGGGACAGGGUCACAGCUCCAUAAAUACUUGGUGUGGCACAGCAGAGACUUCUGGAUGGACCCUGGAGGAAUAAAAACCGGAGAGGAGCAGCGACUGUUGAUACCUAAUUUGUAGAAAGGGCUGAACACCGGGGAAAGUUGUGGUGCAUCUUCCCAAAAAUGGAAAAUCUAUGAUUCUGCAUUAGCAGAGAUAUAACUUUUUGCUCAAAAGAGUGCGAUGUAGGUCAUCUUCAAAACUCAAAAUUUUGUCAAGAUGACAGCGCUUUCACCUUUGCACCGUGCUGUAUUCGGACUCGCGUGGAGCUGCUUGAGUUUUCUGUCCUGCACUCAUUGCGGGUUAAGUGACAACCAUGUGCACUCGAGCUUUAUUUACAGGAGAUUGCGCAAUCACGAACGCAGGGAGAUCCAGAGAGAGAUCCUCUCCAUCCUGGGCUUGCCUCACCGGCCGAGGCCCUUCAGUCCCGGGAAGCAGGCGUCCUCGGCGCCGCUCUUCAUGCUCGACCUGUACAACGCCAUGGCCGUGGAGGAGGAGGAGGUCGGCCCGGGGAAGAGCUUCAGUGCCAAGGCUCAGGGGCACUCCAGGAAGGGUUACUACAGCCCGCAGCAUGCCGGGUACUCCCGCGUGCCACUGCCUUAUCGCGCGGCCCCUCUGUUAGGCCACAGCCCCGCGCUCACCUCAGCGCACGAGAACAACUUUCUCAAUGAUGCCGACAUGGUGAUGAGUUUUGUCAAUUUAGUCGAGAAAGACAAAGAUUUCUCUCACCAACGGAGACACUACAAGGAGUUCCGCUUCGAUCUGACUCAGAUCCCCGAAGGCGAGGCGGUGACGGCUGCAGAGUUUCGGAUCUAUAAGGACCGCAGCCAUGCACGCUACGACAACGUCACUCUGAAGGUUUCCAUUCAUCAAGUCAUCAAGGAGUAUCAGAACAAAGACGCAGAGACGUUCCUGCUCGACUCCAAAAGAGUCCAGUCCUCCGACGGGGGCUGGCUGGUGUUCGACAUCACCGCCACCAGUAACCACUGGGUGAUGAACCCGCAGCAGAACCUGGGCCUGCAGCUCUGCGUGGAGACUGCAGACGGACGAAGUAUCAACAUGAAAUCUGCUGGAAUCAUUGGGAGGAACGGGCCUCAGUCCAAGCAGCCGUUCCUGGUAGCUUUCUUCAAGGCCAGCGGGGUGUUGCUUCGCUCCGUCAGAGCCGCUGGUGGGAAGAAAAAGAACCACAAUCGCAAUAAAUCAACCAAUCAACAAGAAUCGUCGAGGGCACCCAAAACUGGAGAUUACAACAUCAGUGAACAGAAACAAGCCUGCAAGAAGCACGAACUCUACGUCAGUUUCCGAGACUUGGGCUGGCAGGAUUGGAUCAUUGCACCUGAGGGCUAUGCUGCUUUUUACUGCGACGGCGAAUGCUCUUUUCCACUCAACGCACACAUGAACGCAACAAAUCAUGCGAUUGUGCAAACCCUGGUCCAUUUAAUGUUUCCUGACAACGUGCCAAAGCCGUGCUGUGCCCCGACCAAGCUCAAUGCAAUAUCGGUGCUUUACUUCGAUGACAGCUCCAACGUCAUCCUCAAGAAAUACAGAAACAUGGUGGUUCGGUCCUGUGGUUGCCAUUAGCAGCCGGACCAGACUUUAAUUUAUGCUACCUGGUGAGGACAUCGCUGGAGAACACAUGUGCUGCAGCUGUGAUGUACAGUAUUAUGUAUAUAAAGUUUUACUACCUAAUUUAUUUUCUUCUUCUUUU